UUGAGAUCAAGUCAUCCAUGUACUUAUCAGAAAACAAAGAUGGAGCUCUGGCGGCAGUGUGCAAUGUGGUUGAUUGACUGUCGAGUUCUCCCUGAGAACCACAGAGUCACAUGGGACAGUGCACAGGUGUGUGACCUGGCUCAGGCUCUGAGAGAUGGCGUGCUGCUCUGCCAGUUGCUCAACAACCUGCUGCCUCAGGCUGUUAACCUCAGAGAGAUCAACCUGCGGCCACAGAUGUCCCAGUUCCUGUGCCUGAAGAAUAUCCGGACAUUUCUGGGAGUUUGUCAUGAGAGAUUUCAUCUCAAAAAGAAUGACCUGUUUGAAGCCUUUGAACUGUUUGAUGUCCGAGACUUUGGAAAGGUCAUAAGCACUUUGUCCAUUUUGUCUCAUUCAUCCAUUGCUGUACAAAGAGGACUUCAGCCUUUUCCUUUGGAAGGAUGUGAUGCUGAUGAUGAGAUCUACAGUGGGCUUUCUGACCAGAUGGAUGACACAGUGGAGGAAGACGACGAUUUGUAUGAUUUUGUGGACGAUGAAGAGAAUGAAGGAGAUGAGAUUUAUGAAGACUUGAUGAAAACAGGGGAACAGCCUGAAACUCAGCAGAAAACUGGUGUUGACAAGCGAGAGUGUUGCCUGCAGGAAAUCCGUCAUACAGAAGAAAAAUAUACAGAGACUCUGGAAUCUAUCUUACAGCACUUUCUGAAGCCCCUUGAGAAGUUUCUCCAGAUUCAAGACAUUGAAAGUAUCUUCAUCAACGUUAAGGAGUUGGCAACCACCCACCGUGGCUUGUUAGAGGAGAUUCGGAGCUCCAUCUUAAAUUAUGGAGCCAAGAAUCUCUACCAGGUGUUUCUGAACUACAAGGAGAGGCUGCUACUGUAUGGUCAUUAUUGCAGUCAGGUGGAAGCAGCAACAAAGCACCUUGACAAGCUUUCACUUUCGAGAGAGGAUGUUAGAAUGAAACUGGAGGAGUGCUCCAAAAGAGCAAACAGUGGCCGUUUUUCUCUCAGAGAUUUACUCAUGGUUCCGAUGCAGAGAGUCCUUAAAUACCACCUGCUGUUACAGGAGCUAGUGAAACACACCACUGACGCCAUGGAUAAGGACAAUCUCAGAACAGCUCUUGAUGCCAUGAGAGAUCUGGCGCAGUGUGUGAAUGAGGUGAAACGGGACAAUGAGAUCAUAAAACAAAUCACCACUUUUCAGAUGUCUAUAGAAAACUUGACCCAGUCUCUGGCUCUCUUCGGUCGCCCCAAAAUUGACGGGGAACUGAAGAUAAGCAGCUCAGAAAAGAGGUCUAAACAGGACAGGUAUGCAUUUCUAUUCGACAAAGCUGUGAUUAUCUGCAAGAAGAAGAGUGGGGAGACUUUUGAGCUAAAGGAGAUCAUUGAACUACAUCACUACCAGAUACGAGAUGAAACCACAGGGGAGAAGGACAAUAAAAAGUGGUCCCAUUUGUUUCUCCUGCUGGACUGCUACGGGGGAUGUGGCUACGAUUUCUUCUUCAAAACCCGAGAGCUGAAGAAGAAAUGGCUGGAGCAGUUUGAGAUGGCUUUGUCAAACAUGUGCCCUGAGAACUCCACUGCAAAUAACCAUGACUUCCAGAUGAACUGCUUUGAGGAAACCACCUCCUGCCGGGUGUGCUCCAUGUUAUUAAGAGGGACGUUUUUCCAGGGCUAUCGGUGCACUCGCUGUAAAAUGGCCGCACACAAGGAGUGUUUAGGCAGAGUUCCAGUCUGUGGACGAAAUUCAGAUCACUCGUCGACUUUGAAGAAGCAUAAAACACACAGGUCCUCCGGACAAUCCAGUGUUGGAUUUCCAAAGAUGGAGGUGUGCCAGGAAUAUUAUGGCCUGCCUCCGCCUCCGGUGGGCUUUGGCCAGCCUCUUCAGCUCUCCAAAGGUGACAUCAUCGAGCUGACCCGGGCUGAUGUUGACCUCGCCUGGUGGGAGGGAAGAAAUCUGACUGACGGUCAGAUGGGGUGGUUCCCAAGCCAAAAAGUUCAGCCCUACAUCUCUAGGCCGACCCCAGACCUGUCUGGCUUCAACUGGUUUGCAGGAAACAUGGACCGCACAGCUGCCAAAAAUCUGUUAAUUUCCCGUUCUGAUGGAACCUUCCUAGUUCGGCAAAAAGAUGGUGGAGAGUUUGCAAUCAGCAUCAAAUUCAACAUGGACAUCAGGCACAUCAAGAUCACCUCGAGUGAAGGCCUGUACCGCAUCAACGAGAAGAAAGCCUUCAAAGGUCUAAUUGAGAUGAUUCAGUUUUACCAGCAGAACUCUCUAAAAGAGUACUUUAAGGAUGUGGACACCACACUGCAGACACCUUACAAACAGCCAGAGGAGAGCGACUCAUCUAACAACACACCAAAUAUGACACCAGGAGGCAGCAUGAGGUGCUUUGGUGUAGCAAGAGCCAGAUAUGACUUCUCAGCCCGGGACCGCUCAGAGCUGUCGCUACGGGAGGGGGACACCAUCAAGAUCCUCUCCAAGAAGGGCCAGAGCGGCUGGUGGAAAGGAGAGGUUUACGGCCGGGUGGGGCUGUUUCCAUCCAACUACGUUGACGAGGAUUACUCUGAUUACUGCUGACAUGCUCCCACAGGAGAUAUGUGGACACAGUCUGUGUGUGAAGGUGUCUAUGUGAUCCACUGCAUUAACACAUGCAUGAGUGCGACGUUGUGUGGUGUGUGGGUGCGUUUGAGUGUGUGUG